AUGGCGCAGCCGCCCCGUCUGCCAGCCGCCUCCUGGCCUCCUCAAGGCAGGCGCCUCGGGUCUCGCGACUCCAAAGUCCACUUUCGGCUGCCCGUGUCUGGUCUCCCUUCGAGACUUCAUGUGGAAGAAGCACAAGACCAGCGGAUGAGCUUCGGAGUGCCUAGCCAAUCUGCCCCGUGUCCUGCGCCGCCGCGCCUCCUCAGGCGUCACAAAGUCGGCUCGUCUACACUUCUCCACCCUUCUUCUUCCGCAGAGUUCCGGCCGUGCGCUUUGUUAGAUGGCCAGGGGACGCAGUGCCUUUCUCGCGUGAUGUGGCGCGCGCCUUCCCCGCUCCUUUCUUGGUCUGCGUCGCCCUGGCGGCCAUUCAACUCUUCUCUGUCCUCCUCUUUAUCUUCAAGGUCGGACCCACUGCGAUUUCCCCGCGUUGUGAGCUCUCAGCUUCGUGCCUUCUAUUCGAUCUCGGACUCUCCAGAGCCAGUCAAGACUGCUCUCCAAAAUGGGGGGUCUCCUUGCGUUGACCGCGGCAGAGAAUCCAGUAUUUGCCCAGAGUUUGGCCGCGGUGUUUCAUCUCUCCGUCUGGCGGUUUGUGGCUUCUGUCGAGAGAAAUCGCUGUCUCUCCAGCGGCGGACGGAUCUCUCUCGCGUCCUGCGUCUCAGCUCUGCUCCUUUGUCUCCCUCCUCCGCGUUGUUUCUUGAGUCACUGCCUCUGCGACUCUCAACUCAGAGUUGCGAUGCUGUCGCUGUAGACGUGCCUCCGUCUGUCUUUCCCCCCCUUUUCUCGACUUGCGCUGGCGCCUCGAGUCGUCUUCAUCGCUCUGGCGCCCAUUGGGUGUGUUCUUCCUGCGCAGCUUCUUCUUUUCCGCUGUUUGCACUCCACCUGUCCCUUCCUCGUCACCUGCCCUACCGCUCCGCGUCUGCUGCUGCGACUUCCCACGGAAUUGCGACUGGGUCAGACCCGCUGUCUUCUGAAGCCCUGAACGAGAUCCGUGCGGACAGGAGCCUGGAGAACUUUGCGUUUGCCUGUCAUUCCUUUGAUGUCCUCGCCAGCCGUCUGCGGAAACUCGGUCGCUGGCUGCUGGGCUCCGUUUUGCUGUGGCUGCCUGUCGGCAUCUCAGUUGUCGUCGACGCGCCGUUGUUUGUGUCUUGCCCGGAGGACGUUCUCCCGGUUCGCCUCGCUUUGGCGCCGCGGGAGCUGUCAGCCGACCAAGAGGAGCGUGAAUUUUCCUGGAAAUCGCAGAACGAACCAUCGAAUCCGCUGGGCGGGAGGGGAGAGGGGGUGGAGCCGCGAGGCGAUCGCGGACACGGAGGAGACGCCGCUGCGUCUGUGAUGCAGAGGGAGGCGAGCUCCGUGAUGAGCGUGGAGACAGGCCGCGAGGGCCGGUGUGGUGGCGUGGUGAUGCCGUCCGCCGACUAUGCAGAGACACAGAGAAAAGAUGGCAGACAGGAAAAAGAAGGCGCGACGACGCACCGCGAAGCUUCGGGACGUGACUCACAGCCGUCGGCGGAAGCGCCUGCGCGGGGCGCUUCCCCAGACGUGAAGAAAGAAGAGCGCUCAGGAGCACACGAUGAGCACAGAGAGGAGAGUGACGGCGGCGCUCUUUUGCUAGCGUCACCUUGGGCAAUGCAGGCCUUUUCGAGGGGCGAUGUUGUCUAUUACCAGCACCCAAUGGACUCGGGUCGUAAGCUCUUUCUUCGAGUCGUUGCAGUCGCGAAUGACGUGAUCCGGGUGCCUGCGUCGUUGGUCGUGUCCAUCCACCCCACACUGAGGAAGCAGCUGCUCAUGUUUGGCGAGCCGCGCGUGGUCGGUGCCUCGGGGCUGCCACUCAGUUUCUUUCAGUCUGCAUCUGUUCUUCUCCAGCUGGUUGACAACUGCAACCAAGAGACUAUGACUGCAGCGCACCGGGGCGCAGAUGGCAGCGUUGGGCGCCCCCAACGGGUUGCAGUCACUCAGGAAGGCAUCGUUGACUACGCGGAAGAUGAACGCCUUGACUACGGUCCCGGCGUCUUCAUUGAACUCACCAUUCCCGUGGGGAGCUGCUGGCUCGAGGCCGAGAGAGUUGAGCAUCCGGGCCCGGAGGCGUCGAAGGGCGGGUGCGGCGGUCGGGGUCUCGAUUGCUCCCAAGAAAGGCAGGGGAAGCGCGAUAACGAUAUAUCGCCCGCGACAGAGACGGGGGGGUUCGCUCCAGGCCAGGGAGCGUUGUUUUUCUCGGCUGGAUCGCCUUCUGUGAAACCAAAUGCUGGGAUGCCUCCCAUAUUCGAGGACAGCUACACAUUCGGACUUGCCCCAAUAAGCCUCAUUCAGGGCGUUGUGUACGCGGUCCUUCCUCACACACACUCAGCUAGCGAGGCGCGCCUGCUUCUAUGUCGGGCGUUCUUAGCGUCUCUCGGAGCCGAGGUCCGAGAGUCGCGCCUGCUCUGCACGUGUCUGGCCGUUGGGGACAGGGUUAAGAAUUUCCUGGUAGAGCUGAAGGGUUGCUUACUGGACGGAGGAGUGAGAUUGGUGGGUGAAGAGCCAAGGGAAGCUCGCCGAGAGACUGAGUGGCGGCGACCGCACCUCGAGACAAGAGGCAGAUGGUCGGUUGAGGACAGAGAGCGAGGCGAAGGGGCGAGUCCGGGUCGCGCCGGUGAGCGCCACAUGUGCAGCAGUCGCAGCAGGAGGGAGGCAGACGCGCAUGCAUGCGACAUUUCAGCAGGGGGGCGGCGCGCACGAGAUGCGAGCUGCAAUCUUCCUCGAACAGAACACGGUGGCGACGACGACUCAGAAUCUAGCGCCUCAGCGGGCUCCAGCCACCCCGGAAUCGUCCGGUGCGACAGCAUUCCUGCAAGGACCGCAGCGCCUGUCUGUCAGCGUGCGACACAAGACUACAUUGAUAAUUCCAGGAUAGUUAAGGAGAGAAGGACGAAAGAGGAGACGCAUGGUGUGGCAGCGGCAGAUGAGACGCGCGCCGAAGCGCUACGCAAGCAGGACGCAACUGACUUCUAUUAUGACUCAUCCAGAGGAAACAAGGGGAGCGACAACGCAGAAUCGCUGACCGCGCGUCUUGUUGUCUUAGUAGAGCAAGACGCUACAGGCGGAGACCGCGUGCAGAGAACUGCAGGCGAUCGACAUGACGUGCCCUGUGCGGACGAGAUCGCCAUGGAGCGUCCACAGGAACAGCGGGAGGGCGACGCGCCAGAGGCAAAUGCGAGAAGCGGACACCGCGGGCGAAGCGAGGCUGAGAGCCAGCCUCGCGGAGGCGUGCCAAGUGAGGUCAUUGUGCCAGACGAAGCGUUGCUGUAUCGUUUGAUAAACCGAGCCACACAGUGGCUGGUCCUGCAUGCGGACAUCCGCGGCAUCGCGCUUCCCCUGGAACACCGCGUCACACCCAAGGGCACGAUCGUCGUCGGCUGCGGGGGGCAGGGCACCAGCGAAAGAUAA